AUGCAGACCAGGUCUCAAAAGUUAACCUUUGUUGGGUACGCGUGUGGCUCAAAAGCAUACCGGUUCUUGGAUAAGCGUACCAACAAAAUCACCAUAAGCCGAGACGCGAAAUUUCUGGAAGUCGGUUCAACAGUUCAGGAGGAGUUACAACUCAAUGAAUCUAAUAAGCAGCUGAAAGUACAACAGUCAAAAAGGAAAGCAGACAUCGCUAAUCGAAUCGUGAAGCCAAGGGAUACAACAAUCAAACCGACUAAGACAGUUGUUCUGGAGGAAGAUGACGACCAUCAAAGAGAAGAAGUUCAAAUUGAUUUCUCGUUCGAGAAAGAGAAAGCGGAUAGUAUCACCGAGGAUUCAGAGUUCGAAGGUUUCGAUGAAACGGUUUACUUUGACGAUGAGUGUUUUGGAAUGGAAGAAUUAUUUCAAGAGCCUGUUAUCGAGUUAGAUAACAUCAGAAGAUCUCAGCGUAGUAAUCAAGGACAGCUUCCAUCACAUUAUGACGAAUUUGUGGUGGGUGUUGUUUUGACAUCGGAAAGGGAACCGCAGAAUUUCAGCGAAGCAGUCGGAUGUACCAACAAGAAUCAAUGGAUCCGUGCUAUGGACGGUGGCAGGGCAUAA